CGGCAGCCCUGGCAAAACGUGACGAACGGCGGAUGAAAAUGCAUGAAUGUCCACGAAUGGAUAGAAGAGGCGGAAGUGCCGAUACAUCUGUUUGUUGUCUCGCAAUAUAAAAGCAAUUUGUGUGUUUAGAAAGAUUUUGGGAAAAGUUUUAAGCGUUUGGAAUUUCUCUGUGUAUAUGGAAUUGUCAUUAUAAAACGAAUUAACAAAGCUGACUAAAAAGUUUUGUUGAAAAGUGUCAUUAUCAGCAGAGGCAAAAAAUAGGGGAAAAAUUUUACAAAAAAAAGAGAGAGAGGAUUCUUUGAAUAAAAAAUAUUCACACUCCCACGUAAAAUUUUCUUGCUCGGAUGCCGACAGAGUAUGGAUACUAUAAAUAUUUAAAAAUAAACAUCUAAAUUUAAAAAGAAAAUCGACAAGAAAUAUUUACAUACUAAGUAAUUUAGAAGGAAAAGUUUUAGUAAAUAAGGUUUAAAAAUGAAAAAGAAAAUUAAUUUUUAAAAACUAAAAUGUUAUAAAUUAUAAAAUUUCUAAUUGUGUGUGUGUGUGAAUAAACUAAAAACAAUUUUUAAAUCAAAAGAUAAUUUUCACAUUUAAAUGAGAAAAUUUGUUAACAAAACGUAAAUAUAAAUUUAAAUAUUUGUUGUGUAUGUGGGAAGUUUGCCAAAAUUAGAAGAAUUUCAAUGAAAUCUAACAGCCAGCUGGUCGACUAACAUGUACAUAUUCUUCUUUUAUUUUGGAUAGUUGUUCCCGUGGGAGAAAAACUAGAAAUAUGCCCAUUUGGAGACAAAAACCUUUAAAGCAAAAAACUAAAGCAAAAUCGUUCUUCCUUUUACUCAAAUAUUUCCCUCAAUUUUUUCUUUUAUUUCUCGCAAACAAAAGCAGUCAGCAUUUUUCUUUUACGUUCCUUUCCCUACUAAUUUCCACCCCCGCAGGGGUGGAAAAGCAAAGGGGUAACUCUUGGGCAUUCCAUAAUAUUAGAAUGCUAGGCGGCACUUUCAGGACUCUAUCUCUGCAUUUAAUAGAAAAAAGUUAA